AUGCCACCAAAAGGAGGAUCUCGAAAGACAGAGCUUCGAGCUUGUCUGAUAUGUUCCGUACUUCAAUCCACCAAUGAUUUCUUGACUCAGGGUUGUCCGAAUUGCGAGGAGAUCUUAGAGAUGAGAGGUUCGGCAGAGAGAGUAGCGGAAUGUACCAGUGUGACAUACGAUGGAAUGAUAGCUAUGAUGGAACCUUCUGAAAGUUGGGUAGCCAGGUGGCAGAGGAUAGACAAAAAGAUGAGAGGGAUAUACGCCGUCCGAGUGACUGGUCGACCACCACAGGAUGUUAUAGAUGCUAUAGAAGCUAGAGGAGGUGUGUAUAGACCUAGGGAUGCCGUCGAGGAUUAG